AUGCACAGCAGCAGCAGCAGCAGCAGCAGCAGCAACAGGGGGUGCAGCGAGCUGCUGGCGUUCUGCAGCGCUGCGCUUUUGAAAGCAUCUAGCCCAUCCUCUCCUGCGGCAGUACAAGCAGCAGCAGCAGCAGCAGCAACAGCAGCAGACGCAGCAGCAGCAGCAGCUGCUGCUGCUUGGUGUGGCCUUUUUCGAUGCCUGCGCAAAGGCGGCGGCGGUAUCGCCUUUUGGCCCGGACCUCGUGAGGUGCUGCAGCAGCUGCAGCAGCAGCAGCUGCAGCAGCUGCUGCUGCUUCUGCCUCUUCCCCUGCCGGUUCCCCUCAAGCAAGAGAAGCAGCACCAAGAGCAGCAGCAGCAGCUGCAGCAACAGCAGAUGCAGCAGCUCAUACAAAAAUUUAGAGACGACUUGUGUCAUGCUGCUGCUGCAGCAGGAGGGGCUUGGCAGUGGCAGCAGCGGCAAGAGCAGCAGCGGCUGCUGGACAGAACUGCUGCGGCUGCUGCUGCUGUUGCGUCUUCUGCUGCUGGUUUGUUGGAUGCUGACAGCUUGCCAGCAGCAGCAGCAGCAACUGCGGCAGCAACUGCAGCAGCAACAGCAACAGCAGCAGAUCUGCAGCGCCAGAGAGGGUUGUGGGCAGAAGCAGCAGCAGCUUGCUGCAGCCUCAGCAAUUGGGACGCUUUGCCAGAGCUGCUGCAGUCUGCUGCUGCUGCUGCUGCAGCUUCCGCUUCUCCGGCUGCAACAUGUGCUCUCCCUGCUGCUGCCGCUGCUGCAGCGUCAACAGAAACAGCAGCAGCAGCAGCAGAACCGAUCGAUUCUUGCAUGGCGCUGCUGCCGCAAGCAGAGAUAACGGAGAGCAGCUUUUUGCUGCAGCAUUCGCGGCUGCUGCUGCUGCUGCGGGGCGUGGUGCAGCAGCAGCAGCUGCAGCAGCAGCACCACAAAUGCGCCAGCUGCUUCCUCAAUUCCGUGCUGCAGGAAGCAACUCUGGAAACCCUCUGGCAGCUAACAGCAGCACUAAAAGAUUCCUUCAGCAGAGCUGCUGCCUAUCUUUCCCACUUGCACAUCUACGCAGACUUUGAGCUCAUCUGCAGCCGCGUGGGCAUCUCUCUGUGGCCAGGAGCCACUGACACGUAUGGUUGCAGCAGCAGCAGCAGCAACAGCAACAGCAGCAGCAGCAGCAGCGAGUGCUGCAGCAAGUGCGGCCUGCGCUCAUCAUGGGAGCCUCUGCCUGUGGGGGCCCAGUGCUCUCUUGCUGCUUUGCUGGUUGACCGGGCCUUGCCAAGUGCAGCAGCAGCAGCAGCAGCAGCAGCAGCAACAGCAUCAAGUGCGAGGUGCGCGGAGCAGCUGGCAGCAGCAAAACUGGCGCUGGAGGCGCUGCAGCAGCCAGUUGCUGCUGCUGCUGUUGCACUCGCGCUGCACCGCCUCCGCUGCAGCACUUCGACGCCAGGGGAAGUGCGGGUCUCUCACUUCAGGCAAGUUGAGGCUUUCCUGCAGCAGCAGCAGCAGCAGCAGCAGCUGGAGUGGCAGCAGCAGCUGCUGGAUCGGCUUGGAAUUGAUAUGCGACUCGCCUUUGCGAAACAGCUUAUGAGAAAGGGGAAGCAGCGAAGCUGCCUGUCUCUUUUAAGUUCUCUUUCUCCAGUUUCCUUCACUGCCAGUUUGGCGCUGCUGCACCUCCGAGCGCAGCAGCUGCUGCUGCCGCCGCAGCAGCUGCUGCAGCAGUUUGAGCAGCUGGAACGGGAGCAGCGCAUACAGCAGCAGCAGCAGCAGCAGCGGCAGCAGCAUCACGUGCUGCAGCAGCAAGACAAUGUGCAACAAGAUCUUUUCUUUUGCUUUGCGUCCUUUGUGGACACCCUGAUUGAAGAAGCACUGCAGCGCGACGCCCAUUUGCUGUUGCCGCAGCAGCAGCAGCCGCAGCAGCGCAACAGCAGCAGCAGCAGUGGAGACGCCUUCUUUGCCUACCCGCUGCCAUCGGGAAGGCGCAAGACCAGCAAGCAGCAGCAGCUGCUGCAACAGCAGCAGCAGCAGCAGGGAGGCUGCCGGCCAACAGCCAAGGACAAGGAAGAGUGCACUUUGUCCUUCUUGGUGUGCGAGUCUGUGAGGCUGCACUUGAUAGUGCUGCAGCAGCAGCAAGAGGUUAGUCUGUACGUGCAGCAGCAGCAGCAGCAGCAGCAGCAGGUGCUGCUGCAGGGGCCAGGGCGAGAAGAAGAAGCCCCUGCUGCGAGUGUAGAGCAGGAGCACCUGCAGUGGCACGCGCAGCAGCAGCAGCAGCGGCAGCAGCAGCAGCUGCUGCUGCAGCAGCACACCAGUCUACACCGCAUGCUGGCUCUUGCCUUUUCCUUCACCACCCCCAACACUUUUGUGGGGCCAAGACUUCAAAUUGAUGCAGCAAUUGCUGCGGUCUUCAGUUGUGGGACUUCUGAGCUCGCGCGUGCUGCACGAAGGCCUCGGGGAGAGCUGCUGCUGCUUGCUGCUGUCGCAGCUGCUGGCAGCAAAACCCCACAAGAGCUUGCCCUGCUGCUGCAGCGGACGGCAGCUGUGGAUCCAACAGCAGCAGAUUUGCGGCUGCUGCUGCCUCUCUACGAGGCAGCCUGUCGGCAGCUGCAUGCAGCAGCAAUGUUUGAAAAGACAGCAGCAAAUUCACUCAAAAUUUCCAACGCUUUCCCGCAGCUUUUCGAACUCUGCCACCCCUCAGCUGCCGCUGCUGCUCUGAGCAUUCCCACAGAAAGGUUAAUUAAGUUCGAAGCCCCUCUUGUCACUGUCACCUCAAUUUCAGACAACAUGGAGGUGCUGGCCAGCAAGCAGAAGCCGAAGCGGCUGCUGCUGUUUGGCUCGGAUGGAAUUGGAUAUUCUUUUUUGCUGAAGAAUGAAAGAGCAGGAGAUAUUCGCAAAGACAUGCGGGCCAUGGAAGCAGCAGCAGAAACCAACAGGCUGCUGCAGCAAAAACACUUCACCUUCCAGGCGCUGCAGCAGCUGUUGCUGCAGGCGCUGCUGCUGGUGCUGCUGAUGCUGCAGGCGCUGCUGCCUCUACUGCUACGGGCAGUGGUGGUACUCCUGCUGCUGCUGAGAGUUAUGGUUGUGCCCUUUCGCCUGACUCAAAAUAUCGUUGCUGCCUUUGGCGCAACAGCAACAGCAGGAGCCUUUCGUGCUGCUGCUGCUGCAGUGCUGCGUCUGCUGCGGAAUAAUCAGAGCCUUCUGCUCAGUUUGUUCAUGAGCUUCUUACAAGACCCGUUGAUCGAGUGGCGGGCGUCUCUCUCGCGUCAUCAGCAGCAGCAGCAGCAGCAGCAAGAAGCAGCAGCAGCAAAAAUAGGAGAGCGAAAAGCCUAUGCAUGCAUAGUGGCUAUACAGCAGAAGCUCAGAGGGGCUGUUUCGGCCCUUCCUCCGGGGGCUUUUGAGGUAUCUGCUGAGCAGCAGCAGCCGCAGCAGCAGCCGCAGCAACAGCAGCAGCAGCAACACAAGCAGCCGCAGGGAGGGCUGGGAGAGGUGGACGGGUGCAGCAGCAGCGAAGAUUCGUUUGUUGAGUCGGAUGAUGAAGAGUUGAGUGCGCCAGGAGCAGCAGGUGCUGCUGCUGUUGCUGCUGCUGCUGCUGCAGCACAAAGCAGCAGCGGGACCCUUGGGGUGUACGCGCAGGUAGAUGCUCUUAUUCGAGCAGCAACAUCUCCAGACAACCUCGCGCGAAUGUACGUGGGGUGGCUGCCUUGGUACUAA